AUGUUCGGGUUCGGUGAGGAAGGCCUCACCGUAGAGAGCAACAGAAUUCCAUGGCUCAUUUUGACUCAACUACUUGUUCUUCUUCUUCUCCUCUUCGCACUUCUCUUUUUCUUCGUUAUCUUCCCUUUGGAUCCCGACGACAACCUCGUCAACGCCGACACCCCUCCUUCUUCGACCUCUUCCAAUGUGUUCCUCUUUGACCAUAUUCAGCAGAUUGAGUUGCCUGUCGCUAUUCACGGUUCAUCACCCUCUCAUUCAACAACUACUCUUCAACAGCACCGGAAGCUGCAGUCAUUUUACGUUUUCCUAAGGUUGGUGAUGGUGGUGUCUGCACUGGAAAAUGGAUAUGACCAUCCUGUCCCAGGCGGUAAGGAGAAUGUAGUUAUAGAAGGAGAAAUAGCAACUGGUCCAAGCAUGAGAAGGGAAGAGGAGAUUAUGGAGGAGGAAGAUUCAUCACUGUAUUUUCACCCAUGCCAUUAUUUUCAAGUAGCCACGGUAGCAUUUCUCAAAUGUUUUGGUUUGGAUUCUUCAUCUGAAACCCCUUCAACACGAACACGUAGGAAAAGAAAGGAAAGCUGA